AUGCAACCGCCACAAGAUUCCUCACAUCCUAUAUCAGGUUCAGGGAUGUUAAGUCAUGACUCGCCAGACAGCAAGACGCCCACAAGAAGCUCUCCUUCAGAGCUGCAUGGAUCACGAGCGGAGGGUAGCCAAGCCACCAUCGUUGAACCACCCACAAUCCUCACGCUGAACAUUGCUUCGGUCGAAGACGUUCCUCCCAAUGGCGGCUACGGCUGGGUCGUAGCAGUCUGCGCCUUACUCAUGAAUGCAAACACCUGGGGAGUCAAUGCUUCGUGGGCGAUUUUCUUGAGUCACUAUCUGUUCAACUCAACAUUCCCCGGCGCCACACAGCUGGAGUACGCUCUCAUCGGCGGACUGUCUAUCUCGCAAGCCUUGAUGAUCUCGCCAAUCCAGUCGAAGAUAAGUAGGCAUUUUGGGACUAAGAUGACGCUUUUGUUGGGGUCUUUGCUGGUAUCGGCAGCCUGGCUAACAGCGUCGUUUGCGACACAAAUCUGGCACCUCUUCAUGACUGUUGGAAUAUGCUUUGGCUGGGGAAUGGGCCUCGUAUAUAUCACGGCUGCGGCCAUCCUCCCGCAGUGGUUCAGCUCGCGAAGAUCCCUAGCUGUUGGUAUCGCGUCAUCGGGCGCUGGGCUCGGUGGACUAUUUUACAGCCUUCUGACCGGCCAUCUCGUGCAGCAGGUAGGGAUCGAAUGGACUUACCGCGUCUUGGCCGUUGUCACCCUCGUAAUGAACGUUGCAUCCGCUAUCUUGCUAAAAGAUCGGAACAAGAUGGUCAAGCCGGUGCAGAAUUCGUUCAACUAUCGCGAGCUUGGACAUGUCGAAGUCCUACUCAUCAUCGCCUGGGGCAUCGCGACUGAUGUAGGGUAUGUGGUUCUCUUGUUCAGUCUACCACACUACGCAGAAUCAGUUGGACUUUCGCAGACCCAAGGCUCGAUCGUGGGCGCUAUGCUCUCUCUGGGACUGGCUAUCGGCCGACCAUUCAUUGGCUACUACAGCGACACGUUCGGACGCAUCAACAUGGCUGGCUCAAUGACAGCACUUUGUGGAAUCCUGUGUCUGGCUAUCUGGAUGCCAGCAAAGUCUUUCGCGGUGCUAAUAGUCUUUGCAAUUCCAGCCGGAGCUGUCACUGGCAUAUUCUGGGGUACUUGCACUGCUGUUAUAGCUGAGGUCGUGGGACUGAAAAGACUACCCACUGUGUUCGGCAUCAUCUGCGUUGCGCUCGUGACGCCGACGACUUUCGCUGAACCUCUUGGCCUGGGCUUAGCUUCGGCCUCUGGGUAUCUGACAAGCCAAAUAUUUGUUGGUUGUCUGUACCUGCUUGGAGCGGCGUUUGUGCUCCUGCUGAGAACGUGGAAGAUCACAGAGAUCGAAACAAAGGCAACGCUCGAGAACUUGGAUAUUGAUAGUGGUGGGCUCAGAACGAAGCCGGUGGGAUGGUUGAAGCUGGAGAAGGUGUUCGCGUGGCAACGCGUGUAG